UGUCGACCUCUCAAAAGCAUCCAACUGGAUUCAUGUGAUCAAUAUGCUCCCUUCUCUUUCUGUCUUGCGUCUGUCUGGUGCAACUCUUCCUAGCCUUCCCUCUACACUACCCCAUGUUAAUUUCACUUCUCUUACUACACUUGAUCUCUCUGGGAACUACUUUGCAUCAAGCAUACCCGGUUGGCUGUUUAAUCUUAGCAGCCUUGAACUUCUCGAUCUUGGGUCCAAUAAUUUCUAUGGCAAUAUACCACUUGCCAUCGGGAAUCUCCAGAAGCUUCAAGUCUUAGAUCUCUCAUCGAACAACUUCAGUGGAGACAUCCCAGAAACAGUAUGGAGUCUCAAGAGCUUGCUAUCAAUAGAUUUGAGUAUGAACAGUAAUGGUGGGUAUGGUGGGCGGAUACCAGAAACUGUGGGGAAUGGUAUCGGUGGGCGGAUACCAGAAACUGUGGGGAAUCUCAAAAGCUUGAUGUCUUUGGACCUCAGCUAUAACAAUAUCAGUGGGCAUAUACCAGAAACUGUGGGGAAUCUCAAAAGCUUGGUGUCUUUGGAUCUCAGCAAUAACGGUAUCAGUGGGCGUAUACCAGAAACUGUGUGGAAUCUCAAAAGCUUGGAGACCUUGGACCUCAGCUCUAACAACAUUAGUGGGCGUAUACCAGAAACUGUGGGGAAUCUCAAAAGCUUGGAGACCUUGGACCUCAGCUCUAACAAUAUCAGUGGUGAAAUACCAAAGAUCAUUGGGAGGCUUACAAAGCUGCAGAAUUUAUGGUUGCACGACAAUCAAAUUAGUGGGGAGAUUCCAGAAACCAUAGGGAAUCUCGGUGAGUUGAGCAGUUUGGAUUUAUCACGUAAUCGUAUCAACGGGCAGAUACCUAGUGCAGUGGGUAACCUCUGCAACUUGAGCAACCUUAUUGCUUUUGAUAACAAUAUAGGUGGAACUAUUGCAGGAUUCAUGGAAGGUUUCUCGAGAUGCAGCACCAACAGAUUACGGAAAGUUAGUUUGCAACAGAACAAUCUUAGCGGUCCUUUGCCCAGUCAGAUAGGAGAGCUCCAAAGUUUGGGCCAUCUUGAUCUUGGUGCACUGACUGAAGCCCACUUCGCCAACCUCACACGCUUAUCAUUUUCGGGUACUAUAUCUUAUGACGCAUUGAUCAGUACUCCUGGAUUAAUAGAUCUAUCCAACAAUUCAUUCUCUGGACCUAUUCCGCCAACCUGGGGUGGUGGUUUCGACUAUCUUGCCAGUCUGCUUCUUGCACAUAACAGGUUCAAUGGCAGCAUUCCAUCAGCAUUUUGUGAGGCAAAUAGUCUAAAAGUUCUCAAUCUUGCCGAUAAUGAUUUAUCAGGAGUUGUCCCUAACUGUUGGAACAAUUCAUCUCAUUUGGGAGUCAUUGAUUUCUCAGAUAACAAAUUGUCAGGAGGCAUUCCUAGCUCAAUGGGAUCUCUCAGUCAACUCAUGUCACUGCAUUUGAGAGACAACAACUUCUCUGGUAAAAUUCCUUUGUCCUUGCAACAGUGCAAACAGCUAACUACUAUUGACUUUGGCAAUAAUAAGUUCUCAGGUUGCAUACCUGAAUGGAUUGGAGGGAGCCUCUUAUCAUUAAGGGUUCUCCGUCUGCGAUCAAAUAUGUUGGAUGGUAAUAUUUCUAAGCAACUAUCACUCCUUGCUUCCCUUCAAGUGUUGGAUCUUGCUGACAACAAACUUUCUGGAACUUUGCCACCAUCAUUUGGUAAUUUUAAAGCCAUGAUUACCACACAAAAUGGGAGCGAACCUAUUCUUUCUGAAAAUAUGGCCUCCUAUUAUACCGAGAAUAUUCAGAUAAACACGAAAAGUUUGGAACUCACAUUCACUAGUGUGCUCUCACUUGUGACAAGCUUAGACCUCUCAGACAACAAUAUUUCUGGAGAGAUUCCUGAGGAGUUUACAAACCUUCGUGGGCUUCAUUCCUUGAACUUAUCGGGGAAUCAUUUGACAGGAAGGAUUCCGUUCAAUAUUGGUGCCAUGGGGCAGUUGGAGUCACUUGAUCUGUCGAUGAACAACCUAUCAAGCACAAUUCCUACAAGCAUCGCAGAUUUGAAUUUUUUGGCGCGCUUGAACUUGUCCCACAACAAUCUGUCAGGAAGGAUUCCAUCUGGCAACCAACUCCAAACCUUGAAUGAUUCAUCCAUCUACAUUGGCAAUCAGUAUCUUUGUGGACAACCACUGCCAGAAAAAUGCCCCGGCGAUGAACCUGCAGAAGGUCCAAUAGAAGAAAAACAAGAUGAAAAUGGUUCAGAAAUGAUAUGGCUUUAUGUUGGCUUAAGUCCGGGAGUUGUGGUUGGCUUCUGGGGAUUUUUUGCCGCAGUGAUGCUCAAAAGGAGUACAAGGUAUGCUUAUAUCCAAUUCAUUGACAGGAUAUGUGAUUGGAUUUAUAUGGCUGCAACAAUAAAUUUUACUAGGCCAAAGUCCAAGAGAAACCGAGGACGUAGAGGACGUACGUAAGUUGUUGCAAAGUUGUAAUGUUUCCGCCGUGUAUGGUUCAGGUUGACUUGAUGUUUCUGUGAUGCAUCAUGCAUAAAAGAUUAGUAGAAAUAUGGGCUAUUAGAAUAAAUAGAAAUACUUGGAAACCAUUUAAAUGGUUUAGUUAUUGAGGACUUAAAGCUGUAUUUGAGUAAAUUGCUUAAGCAAAAUACUCCUAAAAGCAUCUCUACAUUUUCUAUAUGCUGAAACUUUUCUUUCGGUGCUUUUAUCAUUGUAAGUGACAGGUGUAGCAUCUCACUGUUUUGCUUAGAAAAAAUAUUUGGAUGCUUUAUUCUUA